UAUUACCCUCAAUCCUUCCUCAUCUUUCUUUCAUCACCAACAUUUCUCUUCUAUCUUUCAUCUCCAACGCCUAAUACUUCCACAACAAUGCCUCAAAUCUUGCCUGACUUCUUGAGUUCUGUUAAACUCAAGUAUGUUAAACUUGGUUACCAGUAUCUUGUCAAUCACAUUCUUUACCUCUUGCUUGUGCCCGUCAUGGUAGCUAUUCUCCUCGAGGUUCUUCGUUUAGGCCCUGAGGAAAUUGUCAAUCUUUGGCACUCGCUUCACUUUGAUCUUGUCCAGAUUCUUUGCUCUUCUUUCCUCAUCAUCUUCGUCGCCACCGUUUAUUUCAUGUCCAAGCCGAGAACCAUUUACCUAGUGGACUACGCUUGUUACAAACCUCCCGUGACCUGCCGUGUCCCCUUUGCCACCUUCAUGGAGCACUCCAGGCUCAUCUUGAAGAACAACCCUAAGAGUGUUGAGUUCCAGAUGAGAAUUCUUGAAAGGUCCGGUCUUGGUGAAGAGACGUGCUUGCCUCCGGCUAUUCACUACAUUCCUCCAACUCCAACUAUGGAGGCUGCAAGAGGAGAGGCUGAACUUGUUAUCUUCUCAGCCAUGGAUUCUUUGUUCAAGAAAACUGGUCUUAAGCCUAAAGACAUCGACAUUCUUAUAGUGAAUUGCAGUCUUUUUUCUCCAACUCCGUCUUUAUCAGCUAUGGUGAUUAACAAAUACAAGCUCAGAAGUAACAUUAAAAGCUUUAAUCUUUCCGGAAUGGGAUGCAGUGCAGGGGUUAUUUCUAUCGACUUAGCUCGUGAUCUUCUUCAAGUGCAUCCAAAUUCUAACGCAGUAGUAGUGAGCACAGAGAUCAUAACACCAAACUACUACCAAGGAAAUGAAAGAGCCAUGCUCCUUCCAAAUUGUCUCUUCCGUAUGGGUGGAGCCGCAAUCUUGUUAUCGAACCGAAGGUCCGAGAGUCGGCGAGCCAAGUACCGCCUGGUUCAUGUUGUUCGCACCCACAAAGGCGCAGAUGACAAGGCUUAUCGUUGUGUGUUUGAAGAAGAAGACAAAGAGGGCAAAGUAGGGAUUUCAUUGUCCAAAGAUCUCAUGGCAAUAGCAGGAGAGGCUUUAAAGUCCAACAUCACAACGAUGGGACCUCUUGUACUUCCCGCAUCCGAGCAACUGUUGUUUCUUUUUACUCUCAUCGGCCGUAAAAUUUUCAACCCUAAGUGGAAACCUUAUAUUCCUGACUUCAAGCAGGCUUUUGAACACUUCUGUAUCCAUGCGGGUGGAAGAGCAGUCAUAGAUGAAUUGCAAAAGAAUUUGCAGCUCUCAGCGGAGCACGUGGAAGCCUCAAGAAUGACACUGCAUCGAUUCGGAAACACAUCAUCUUCAUCUCUUUGGUACGAAUUGAGCUAUGUUGAAUCAAAGGGGAGGAUGAAGAAGGGAGAAAGAGUUUGGCAGAUUGCUUUUGGCAGUGGGUUUAAAUGCAACAGUGCUGUUUGGAAGUGUAACAAAACCAUCAAGACACCAGUCGAUGGGCCUUGGGCGGAUUGCAUCGAUCGAUACCCUGUACAUAUUCCGGAAAUUGUCAAGCUCUGACGCCACAAAAAGUUAAAAAAAAAAAAAAAAAAAAAAAAAAAAAAAAA